AUGUCUUCACAGUCUCUGCAAGCACUGUGGGAGGCUUCCGCAGGCCAGCCAUUCGAGCCCGCCGUCUCCAAGGACCAGCAAUUCUCCAUCGCUUUCUUCCUGCUGCUGGCUGCUUUCCUCCUCUCCAGCUUGUUCGGCCUCAACCUCUCCCUCAAGAACAUCCCCCUCUACGCUGUUCCUGCGUCUUUCGCAUUCGGCUUCGGUGCUGUCUACAUGAUCUGCGCUGUCGGCGUCUAUGUAUAG